GCCUGAAUGCCGAUCCCUAGCUACAGAGAGCUUAUAUACCUGCUCCUGUCUAGUCACCUUCUGAUCUUACUCGAGUCCAACCUAUUUCCAAAUAAUAUUGAAGCAGUGAAUUGCCGUUGGUUUCAUUUUGUCCCUGGGUCCCCUGGAUUCUGCUGUGUAAUUCCUACCUCAGUGAACCUGUGAGGCUGUGUGAGCACUCUAUGAACUAACCGGUUACUAGACAUCUAAUAUCCACUUCAAGCUCGAUUAAGAAUGGCCCCCUCCUCCCGCAUCUCUCAAUCCCGCGGCAUUCGCAUUAUCACGAGUGCCCUUGGUACCGUUUGCCUUGGGCUCGGUAUCACAGACAUCAUCCGGCCCCAAGACGGACUCGCGCUUCUCGAAUUCCACUCUCUCCCUUCGAGCGCAGACCAGAGACUUUCGAACGCCUUGAUGUCCAUGGUUGGUGUGCGCGAUCUCUUCAUGGCUUCGGCCAUUUAUGCUGCGUCUUAUUUUGGUACCAGUAAGACACUCGGUUGGAUCCUCUUCGCUAGCGGUGGGGUGGCAUUCGGGGAUGGGAUGAUCGCCCGCGCAAAUGGCCUGAAUUUCUUGAAUCAUUGGGUUUUUGUACCAAUUGCAGGGGUCCUAGGGAGUGUUUUGCUUGGAGCUUUUGACAAGUCAUGAAAAUGGGUUAUAAGCGCCAAGAAUUCAUAAGUAGAUGGCGUUAAAUUGAUCAUCGAUCAAAUCUUCUUCGUCGACAAAACUUGGACUGAUAUUCCAGACUGCUGCACCCCUUUUUAUCUGUAUGCAGUCCAUGAGGGACGCUGCCACAGGGUGGUAUAAUUCCAGAUCUAGAGCGGAAAGGGAAUCGAUUUGAAUAUUGCGAAUAUUUGCUAUCUAGAUG